GUCUGGAGAGGGGAGUAAAAGUGAUGGAAAGGCUUACUUUGCUGUAACAAAUCAAAGGCUGCAUCACAAGUCACUCUGUUUCCAGCAGUAUGCAGUGUUUUUAGGUUAAGGCGCUCUUGAGGGUGGAAGAAAGUUUUGUUCUUGUUAAGUAUGAAGGGAAAAUGUAGUAUUUGGUAUAAAAGUGAGUUAGAAUGUCAGAGUAAGGCUCAACUGACCGAUCAGCUACUGAAGCUUUAAAAAGGGGAAAGUGUACUGUGAAGGGUAAAUUGACUUUAGAAGCAUUGGUGAAAUACAAAUAAAUUGAGUUUAAUCAUUAAACAUACAUUGGAGAGUGGGAGAGGUGUAGCCUAGGGUAUCAGUAACUAAAUGUCUUUAAAUGAGAGCCCAUGUCUUAAAGAAUAUUCAAUUAAUCUUAAAAAUUGUGUUGAGAUACUUUGUUUGUGAAUGGCUUUAUUUGAACUGUUAACAUAAUGUUUGUAGGUGUUUGGAUUCCAGUCUUGGCCCAUUGACAAAUACUAUGAUAAGUAAAUAUAUGGCACUUGCUCGCCCUGUUCAUGCUACUUUUAAGGUCAUCAAAUCACAGAAUCCUGAAGUGGUUUGCAUUGGAAAGGAUCUUAAAGAUCCAUUUCCACCCCCCUGCCAUGAGCAGGGACACCUUCCACUAGAUCAGGUUGAUCCAAGCCCCAUCCAGCCUGGCUCUGAGCACUUCAGGGAUGGGGCAGCCACAGCUUCUCUGGGAAACCUGUUCCAGGACCUCACCACCCUCACAGGGAAGAAUUUUUGUAAUAGCUAAGCCUGCUUUCUUUGAUUUGAAGCCAUUCCUCCUUGUCCUGCCAGUCCAGACCCUUGUCCAGAGUCCCUCUCCGGCUCUCCUGGGGCCUCUUUAGGCACUGGUAGGGGCUCUAAGAUGUCCCUGGAACCUUCUCUUCUCCAGGAUGAACAUCUCCAGCUCUCCCAGCCUGUCUCCAGAGCAGAGGGGGUCCAGCCCUCAGAGCAUAUUUGUGUUCUUCUGUAGACUCAUUCCAGAAGAUCCAUGUCCUUCUGAUGUUGGGGUCCCCAGAGCUGGAGAUCAGUAUUUCAUAUGGUAGCAUCCCAAAAAUGGUUAUUUACAGGUCUGAAGCACAGAAGCAUGCUUUCCACUGAGCUUCACACUACCACCUGUGAUACAGAAUGUCUCUAAGUGAGAACAACAGUGUGGUGUUUGCCUACGAAUCUUCAGUGCACAGUACCAAUGUACUCCUCAGCCUUGAUGAUCAGCGAAAGCAAGAUAUCCUUUGUGAUGUUACAAUUUUAGUGGAAGAUCAGCGAUUUCGGGCUCACAAAGCUGUGCUUGCAGCUUGCAGCAGUUACUUCCUUUCAAGAAUUGUGGGCCAGGUGGACGCUGAUCUUAUCAUCACUUUACCGGAAGAGGUAACACUUAAAGGAUUUAGUCCUUUGCUUCAGUUUGCAUAUACAGCAAAACUCGUUUUAAAUAAAGACAAUGUGUCUGAAGUUUGCAAAUGUGCAGAAUUUUUGGGUGUACGCAACAUUGAAGAGUCCUGCUUUCAGUUUCUCAAAUUCAGAUUUUUGGACUUUAAAUUGGAUCAGCAGGAAUGUCCUAGGAAGAAGUGUUGCACACAGCGUUGUCAGAAAGCAAACCCUAAAACUGGCAGUGUGGAUGAUGGAGACCUAGAAAUAAAUUAUGAAGUAGAAGCUCUUCUAGAAAAGGAAUAUAGUCAAAUUCCUGACACAAAGCCCUGUAAAGAUGAAGAAAAUGCUAAAUCAUCACCAGUUCUCCAAAAUAAUGCCAAUCAAAACUGUGAUCCUGUACAUUUAGAAAGGGGUAGUGCUUCCAGCUUAUCUUCCCAAUGCCCAAAGUAUAGAAAAUUCCAGAAGGCUUUUGGAAAUGACAAAGUUAAUACUUCAGAGUCCAGUUCCAGUAUUAAAGAUGUUCAGGUACCACCAUUUGCAACGUCUCUUGAGAAGGAAAUACCUGAUAAUGAUGGCAUACAAAAAGCUCAGGAGUGUGUGCCUAUGCAGCUGAUCUCGAACUGUGAAGAGACUCAGGUAGAAAUGGAAGAAAGGGAGGAAGGCAUUCAGAAAAAAGAAGAGUCAAAGAGAGAUUCUGUAACUCGGAAUGUGUCAUCUUCUGUGGAGAAAAUGGAUCUUGUUGCUUUCCCCCAAAACUCUGCUGCACCUCAUGGACUCAAUUCUGUGUCUAUUCUACAUAGUUGUGAGCAAUACGGUAACUUGAAUUUCAGUAGUAUGCAAAACAACACAGCCGUACCUGAAAAAACUGUGUCAAGUACUGGAGCUGGAAAUGACAAAACUGAAAGUCAAGGUAACCCAUCUUCAAAGGUGGAUUUGUGCAUUAGGGAAGCCACUAACAUCACCUCAGCUGGAGAUCGAAGCAGUGUGGAGAGAGAGAUAGCAGAACAGCUAGCACAGGGGUUCUGGAGCGAUAUUCACAGCACAGACGCCUGUCAAGUACAUUUACCACCUGCGGCGGUAAAGAGUACUAAAGAGUACUUGGAGCCUUCGUACUCGGGGAAAAAAUCAGAGUGUCCGUGGCUGGGGAUCAGGAUCAGUGAAAGCCCUGAACCUGGCUCUCAGCGGACUUUUACAACACUGAACUCAGUCAAUUGCCCCUUUAUAAGCAACCUUAGCACUGAAGGAUGCUCCAACACCUCUGAAAUAAACAGUGGAGAUUAUGUUCAGGGACAGCAACAAGAACAGUGUCCCUAUAACUAUGUGAUAAGUUUGGGAGAGGAUUCAGAGACUGACACUGAGGGAGACAGUGAAUCCUGUUCAGCAAGAGAACAAGAAUGUGAGGUAAAGCUGCCGUUUAAUGCGCAAAGGAUUAUCUCACUUUCCAGAAAUGACUUCCAGUCAUUUCUGAAAAUGCAUAAAUUAACUCCUGAACAAUUGGACUGUAUUCACGAUAUCCGAAGACGAAGUAAAAACAGAAUUGCAGCGCAGCGAUGUCGCAAGAGAAAGCUUGACUGUAUACAAAAUCUUGAAUCUGAAAUUGAAAAACUGCAAAAUGAGAAGGAGAAUUUGCUGAAGGAAAGAAACCACAUUUUAUCAACUCUGGGUGAGACAAAGCAGAAUCUGACUGGACUUUGCCAGCAGGUGUGUAAGGAAGCAGCCUUGAGUCAAGAGCAAAUACAAAUACUUGCUAAAUAUUCUUCUUCAGAUUGUCCACUCUCAUUUUUGUUCCCAAAAAGAGAACAAACAGCUCCAUCUGAUAGUGAGCUUGUGGUACCAGCAUCUGUAGAAUCAGCAAAUGGUCUUUCAGGUGUCACACCUACAGCUGAACAGAGUUCCUGUUAUCAGUGUGUCAAAAGCGUGUGUGAGGCCUCGUACGAUCAAGGACAAGAGCUGCAUCUGGUUUCUGCCAGAACAUUGGAGCAAACGUCGCUCAUGGAGCCCUGUGGACAGAGCAGUGGCAUCACAGACUUCUGCCAGCAAAUGACUGACAAAUGCACUACAGAUGAAUGAAACUCUCCUUCCCAUUGCCAGCCUCUCAACAUUGCAACUAGAAGUGGGAUUGAGCAUUAUUGGAAAGUAACUUACUAAGUGAGAGAGAAGAUAAAAGUUUAAUCUUUUGAAACUAUAUUGACAAUUACAUGGUCACCAUUAUUACUUGGCAAGCUUUGGGUUUGCUCUGUGUAGCUCCAGAACAUAAUUUGUAUGUGUCAGCCUUGGAGCUUUUUCUGUGUAGCGAUGCCAAGGAGGGUUCAGGAAAGCUGUUGGAAAAUACCAAUUCCAUGCACAGGUGCUUAUUUGUGAGGAAGCUUUGUUCAUGUAUAGAGCAGCCUACUCUGAUUUAUGCCACAGUACUUAAUGCCACUCUGCAUUUUAAGGAAAGCCUCCUGACAGCUGUUUAUGCACAAUGACUUCUAUACCUGGAAUUCUUCUAAGACUUCUUUUUUCCUGGUAGACAAACCUUAAGAAGCAUAUAUAGCUCUGUAAAUGUUCAUUUUGUAGAUGGGCUAAGUUACAUGACAGGAUGAGGAGAUUCUGAAAAGUGCUCUCUGGUGUAGCUCCUUGCUUCCUGCUAUUCCCCUCCCUCUCCCAGAGAAGACUUUUACUGAAUUAAAGUAGUAGGCUACUACUACUACUACUACUACUACUAGUACUGAUUAGUAGUAGGCUUUUAUUGAAUAGGUGGUUUUGUCUUGUCGCUCUAGUACAGAAUUAAAAGAACUGGAGCAGCAGAGGUGCUCCACGUACUGCUCUCUUCUCUGAAUUUAGUGGGAAGAAUAACAAUGCACUGUGGAAGGCAGACGUCUGAAACUGGUGCAGUUCAUGGGUGAGUGUGCAUUGGAUCCUCUGGCAUCUGAAUCCCAUAGGCUUAUUAAAAUUCACAGCUGUAUUGUGACUUCCUGUCGUAGCACCUUCAAGCUUGCUGCUUUUUUUGUGGCAAGUUGGAAUCAAAGUAUUGUGAAACUCUAAGGACAGACUUUUUUUUUUAAGGUAUUCAGGCCACUUUUUUUUUCUUUCAGUGCCUAACUGCCUAAAGUAAGUUACAAACAUUUGUUCUCUGAUCACUGGGACCAGUAAAGUUCUAUUUCAGAAUCAAUCUUCAGGAUACUUUAUGGCUAAACCUGUAGUAUAUUUUCAAUGGCUUGUGCUAUUAGCAUAGAUAUAUAUAAAAAGUUUAUUGAAGAAAUGAGCUGGAGAUAUUUCCUUUAUUACUUUGUGAAGGAGAUGUCCAGCUACUGAAAAUAAUCCCCAUUUUCUAGAUUUUUACAUAGCAGUGGAUGCAUAUUGUAUACCAAUGAUGCUUUGUUAUUUAGAUGCUACUCUCACACCAGAACUACGUAUUGAACCUCACCACAGAAAACUUUGGGUUUGCUGGUUUACAAAACAUGAAGAAUCUUGUACAAGCCAGUGGAAUUCUUCAUUUCCUACCUCAGAAUGUGUAUUAGCUUUUUGUGUCUUUGUGUGCAUGUACAGUAGGCAACAACUAAGCAAGGGCCCUUGUAAAUAGUGCUUUUCAGUUUUACCUUGCAGCAAGGCAAAACUUGUUCUUGGCAAGGCUCUUUUUUUUUCCUCUCCCCACCAUCCACAGGUAACAUAGCAUUAAUAAAUACAGUAAGCCACUUAUUUAAAACAAAAAUUUUAAAAUUAACAGAUUUCAACAGGACUUCUCAUAACCAGCACACAACACAAAUGACUACACUACCUCACCUAUGGGACUGAAAGUUGAUUCAAAUCUCUAGUGAAUCCUUGGAAAAGGAAAUGGUUGUGGAUUUCCUUUCCUUUCCUUGGAAAAGGUUGGUUCCUUUUUCAUCAUAUAUCAUUACUUUUUUAAGGGAAAAGAAAUAUGCUGAUGGCGCGUAGCUUGUAUAAAUCACAAUGCUUGCAGUAAUUGAAAUUCAGAAAUAAAUACUACAUGGCAGACAUGAUGAUAAUUGGAUUGAAAUUCUUUUAAAUUACAUAAUUGAGAUACGAUGACCCUGUAUAUGCAUUACUUUAUGAAACUCUCUGGGCUUUUUCUUCAGUUUCUGCAGAUUCCUGGUUAAUUUAAUCCUGUCUCCCUCCCGUGCUACCACCCUGGGAAGCAUUUUGCUCUUAUGUCUCCAUUUUGUUUAAAAAGCAAACCAACAAGAAACAAUAAAAAACAAAAUUCAAAGUCUGAGUAGUUGAACAGUCUGCUGUUCAUAACUACUAUCACUUUUAAAGCUGGUGAUAUUCUGAAAUGACGUGGACAAUGGCAUUAAAAGAUUGUCCUAACAGUGCACGUAGUUGGAAAUAGAAUUCCUUGGGGUAAGUCCUUAUUAUAACAAGGUGGAGCAUCUUUGUAGGGAACGGCUGUCUGGGAGCUUAUCCAGUGGCUCAAAGACCUGACACACUUGGCUGCAGAUGUUGGAAUACAAAGUCAGUGAUGACCAAGUGUGAGGCUGGAAUUUCCCUCAAGAGUUGUGCUCCACUGCUGGAGUCUGGGAAUCAGCCACAGCCUGAAUUCCAUAUAGCUGAUGGUGGAGAGAUUCUAGGGCAGGAAUCAUGGCAGUCAUUGACCUAUGAUAAAAGUAACAUCAUGUUUUUAAAUCUGAUAUGAACUCGAGGAAGUUUGAGGGUAGGUUUUUGCCUGACCAGCUGCAUCUAAAUAAUUUUUAAAAUAUUUAUUUAAUACCAUAGACCUACAAGUUGCAUGUUGACUUCUAUAAGCCUAUAUCAUCAACUUGCAAAUGUUACGAAUGAAUGACAAUUUUAUGAUACAGAAUUCUCAGGAAAAUGUUUUUGGAGUUUGGUUUUAUUUUUUUCUCUUCCAGUAAAGAAAUACUCAUUUUUGAAAUUGUAAAAUACUUUGUUAAAGCAUGUUUUAAAAUACUUUGAACAGACUUAUCUUAAAGCCAUAUGGGUAUGAUGGCAUACAGAUUGUAAAAUAAACAGAUAAUUACAACAGUUGAUUUUGUAUUUUUCAUAAUUCAGUAUUUUCUAAGUCUACAAUAAAAACCACUAUCCUUUCUA